UCCAGUUGAAAUUAGAAAAGCUAGUAAUGGUCAAGUUAGUUUCUUGUUUCUCCAGGAAUGCUCUGUAGAAUGAAAGAAAAAGGAUGAAAAGGUGAAGUUACUUGCCCCAGUAAUUGUGUGAUUUUGGUAAAAAUCCCUAAUAAAUAUUUGCAAACAAAGUGAAAUAUUUUCCAACACAGAAUUUUUAAAAAUCUCCACUGUUACAUCUUCAGAAAUUUUGUGACCUAUUUAACAUCAUUUGGUGGCUUGAAAUUAGUCAUGGUGGGAGCUUUAUACCACAGACACUGGAAACACAACAAAGCAGGGCUCCCAUUUCCCUGAGAGACAGUCAUUGAAAAGCUGUCAAAACACCACUGCUCCUUCUCGCUCACCUUAAUUUUAGAGAAGGAUGUAUAAAUUUUUUUUUUAUCAUUUUUUCCAACACAGACUAUGAAGGAACAGCAAAUGGGUACUUUAAUGAAACAAAUGGGCAAUACACAUUCUUUGAUUUAAUGUUCCCUUCAGGUGCGUGUGGACAAACUUGUAAGUCAGCUUGAAAGUAGUUGUGCUUGGAAGAUCAGAUGGAACAAGGUUUUGGUGGAAAAGGAAGGAAAAUGCAAGAUUCUGGAGCACUGAGAAAUCCGGAGAAGCUUUUGGAAGCAUGUUUGUCCUUAACAUCAUAGGAACCUGAUCUUUCUACUGGAAGCCAUAUUUGCAUGAGGGAGCACCCUAAGCCCAGUAACGCUGUGGUUCUUAUAGACUCAUAGAGGUACCACCUUGGUUGUCUUGGAUAAGAUGUGGAAGAAUUCUCUGGAUUACCAGGCAGAGAGUAUUGCUUUCUUUUCUUACUUUCUCCGAAACAAAUGGAGUCUCUCUCUCUGUGCUGAGCUGCCUGGAGCUGUGGGAGGGGUGACACAAGCAUACCUGUGGCCACCAUCACUGGGAGUGUGCUGGAUCAGAUCUGAAGCCAACACAGCACUGGGUCUUAUCCAAGGCCUGUGGUAAUCACUGCCUGGUGACCACUUAUGUUCACUCAAGGUGCUGGGUCUCUACAAUCAACAGGUGGUGAAGCCCAGCCAGGCUUGUGUCCUUCCUUUCAGGGCAGAGAGUUCCCUCAGCCCUGGACAGGUCUAGAGGUGCCAUCUUGGAGCUAGUGCCUGGGGUUGGAAACCUUAGGGAUCUACCUGAUGCUCUAAUCUACUGUGGCUCAGCUGGCAUAAAAACCUCAAGAUAAAGUUCUUCUGACUCUUCCCUCCCAUUUCCACAAGCAGAAGAGUCUCUCUCCGUGGCCACCAUCACCCAAGACCUGUGGCAAGAACUACCGAGCUAUCACUGAUGUUCACUCUUCAGUCAGCUUUUAGUGAAUGCUUCUCUGCCUGGGACUCUCCCUUCAGGGAAGUGGGCUCCCCUCUGACCCAGGGAAUGUCCAAAAAUGCCAUGCAAGAGCCAAGACCUGGAAAUGGGGACCCCAAGAAACUGUUUGAUGCCUUACACCACUGUGGCUGCACUGGGUACCUAAGCUGCAAGGCAAAGUCCCCUUUACUCUUCCCGCUGUUUUUCUCAAGCAGAAGGAGUCUCUCCACAUAUCUACCACAGCUGGGAUUGUGCUGGGUCAUAUCUGAAGCUAGCACAUCUCUACGUCUCAUCCAAGGCCCACGGAUUUGGCCAACAGUAACCCAUGGUCCCAUUCUGGACAGCUGCUUCUUUUUCCUGGUAAGAAAAAUCCAUAUCAUGACACAGAAGAGAUGGAGGAAGAAGAGAAAACAAAAGCUCAUUCUUGCAGCCGGCUGGGGAGCUGUUGCUUCUGCCAACGCCGCCGUCAGCCAGAGCGCUGAAGAAAAGCUGAAGGCCACCAGGCAACGAAAGAGUAAAGAAAACGCUCUCCUCCUGCCCAUCUCCUCCACCAUGGCCUCCCCAGUCCUCCCAGGUGACUCCCAAACACAGUAGAAAGUUGGCUCAGAGAUAGGGCAGACGAACCGGGGGGCUGGGCGGCUGA